AUGAAUAAUUCAACAAUUUUACAUAAUGAUAUAGUUUUUUUUAGUGUUUGGAGAAAUGUUUAUAUUAAUUCAAUAAUUUUUUUUCAUUUAAAAAAAAUAAAUAAAUAUUAUUUUAAAGAAGUUAUAAAUGGGGAAGAAUUAGAUCUUUUAAAAAAAAACAAAUACUAUGUAUCAGAUUUAUAUAUAUACGAAUCAUUUAAAAUGGGUGAUAUACCACAUAAUGUUGUCAGUUUAACGUUUGGAGAGGAUGUUUCAGUAGAAUUAGAGCCAGGUAUGAUACCAAGUGUAACCAAACUGGAUCUGGGAUAUUAUUACAACACCAAAUUAUUAGUGGGCAGUCUCUCAAAUAAUUUAUUAUCACUAUCUCUCUCAAAUAACUACAACUAUCCAUUGGACAUCGAGUUACUUCCAUCUAGUUUGAAGUAUAUUAAAUUUGGUAAUAGAUUUAAUCAACCUUUACAACCAAAUACACUAAAAAAUGGUAUUGAAGAGAUAGUAUUCGGAAAAGAGUUUAACCAACCAUUAUCGAUAGGGACAAUACCACCAUCAACGAAAAAAAUAAUUUUCGGUGAUAGUUUUAAUCAAGUCAUAUCAAGUGGCCAAGUACCACAGUCUGUAACAGAGAUUAGUUUUGGUUUAAACUAUCAAAAAAAACUAUUGAAAAGCUCAAUCCCCUCGAGUGUCACCAAAAUGACAAUUCACAGGCAAUUAAAUCAACCAAUAGCAUCUCCAACAUCUCUGCCCCCAAAUCUAGUUUCAUUAUCUUUUGGUAAAUUUUUAAAUAGAAUCGAACCAAACAGUUUACCAAGCUCAAUUACGAAAAUUGUAUUUUCAUCCUAUAAUAGUCCGUUGCAACCUUUGGUUUUACCCAAAAACCUUGAAAUUAUAGAAUUUGGUCAGUUUUUUAAUCAAGAAAUCAUCAACGACAAUUUAAUUCCACCUAAAGUCCACACAAUUAUAUUUGGAGACUCGUUUAAUCAACCUUUAGUUAAUCUACCGCCCUCCAUCACUAUGCUAGAGGUGGGUUAUCUUUUCAAUCAACCUUUAGCCCAUUUACCAAAAAAUAUUAAAAAAAUAAUAAUCUCUAAUAAUUAUAAUCAAAUAUAUAAACAACAAUUUUUAAAAGAAUAUAAUAUUAAAAAACAACAAAACAUUAACAAUAAAAUUAUUUAUGACAUUAGUCAUUAG